CACCUGUUGACGGAAUGCGGAGUAUUGGGUUCGAUUGGGUUUCAAUCAAAUUGAAUUUUUAUUUUUACAUUUUGCUUUAUUUAAUUAGACUUUAAAAGUUAUUUUUUUUCACAAAUUGUCACCCAUCCUUAGAUUAUUUUAAAGGCGCUUUUCUGACUACAUAUAAUUUCCGUUCUCAUUUCUUGAGCGCGGCGUAUUUCACAUUCUUUUAUUUUUCUUUGCUGUUGAAAUUUUCGCGUUACUUGUUGAAAUAUGAAGCAUCUGUGUGAAGUUACCAUCACGUUGCUUAGCAACACGAAUGCCAAUACUACUGUACACAAAUGUCAAACAGAGUGUUUGCCUUCAAAGAAACGUCUCAAAUGUAUAUUCUGCAGUAGUUAAAGCGUUACUUUUUUUGAGAAAAAUGCCUAAUAUAUUGAGAAGCAAGUGUGCUAUUGUGGGUGAUUCAACUGUCGGGAAAACAGCAGUAACGCAAAUGUUUAUUUCUGACGGAAGAAAUUUCCCUAAGAAUUAUAAUCUGACUUGUGGAGUGGAAUUGGGAAUACGAACUGUGUCUAUACCAGAUACUGAUGAUGUAGUUGAACUUUUUUUGUAUGAUUCAUCAGGGAGAGAUUUGUAUGCUGAUUAUCUACCUAAAUAUUGGCAUGAACCAAAUAUGUUAUUGGCUGUUUAUGAUGUGACAUCACAGAUUUCCCUUGAUUCUGUUGGACGUUGGGUAUCCAUGGUACGUAAUUCAAUUCCAGUGAGAGGUGCAUCAAAUGCCCCAGGAGUUUUAUUUGGCAAUAAGACAGAUCUUAAAGAAAGGAGAACUGUUAGCCCUAAAGCUGGAGCAUCAUUAGCAGAACGUUUAGGCCUUCAGUACUUUGAAGGAUCUGCAAAAGAAAACUAUGGAAUUGAAGAACCAUUUUAUCUUCUUGCUCAUGAGUGGCAUAAAUUUAUAACAGAGAAAAGGGCUGGAUUUGAUCUUAUUACAUAGCAUUUUGUAUCUUCUUUAUCUCUUGUAUUUUUUACAAUAUACAGUAAAAUUUCUUUGUUAACAUAGUCACCAAAAUGUGAAAUGUACUCUUGUAUACAAUGCUUCUAAGUGUCAGUUAAAUAUUAUUUAUGAAGUGUAGUCUGCCUUUCUGUGCAAUGAUUCUAGUUUUCUUCUGAUCUUGUGAACUUAAUGUAUUUGUUUACAAUAAACGUCGCUUCCUUGUGAGACACAAUUUUGUUCUUUGAAAGUCCAACGCUGGAUGAUCCACAUUGCUAUUUUUCAUUACAGCUUCUUCAUUCCACUUUGAACAUUAUGAAUAUAUUACGACCAAAAUCAUU